GCAUCAAAGUGUCGAAGAUUUUUCGCCGAUUAUAAAACAUCAGUAGCAGCUUCAAAGCUUAAUUUAAUCCCAGAAAAUCUCCGAGGCACUGUAAAAUUAAUGCUGAGCAGCAAUCCAGAGCUUCGACCUGACGCUCACCAGUUUAUUAAAAUAGAAUACUUUAACGACAUUGGAGUUAAAACUUUAAAUUAUCUAGAAAAAUUAUUUCAAUGGGAUAAUCUUCAGAAAUCUCAAUUUUACAAAAGACUUCCACAAGUGAUGAAACAAAUGCCGCAUCGAGUUGUUUUGCACCGAGUUCUCCCGUGUCUCUACAAAGAAUUUGUAAAUGCUCCGAUGAUUCCUUUUGUCCUACCAAGUAUUUUACAAGUCUUAGAAGAAUGUACUGUUGAUGAAUUUACGGAGUAUAUUCUUCCGAAUAUAAAACCUGUUCUAGCCAUGGAAGAUCCACCGCAGAUAAGUCUCGUUAUUAUUCAACGAAUUGACAUUCUUCUCAAACUUUGCUCAGCAAAUGUUAUAAAAUCCGAUAUUGUGCCGAUGCUCACUCGUGCAUUAGAUUCACCUAUGGAACAACUUCAAGAACUUUGUCUCGCUGCGCUACCAUCGAUAGCUAUGUUGAUUGACGGUCCCACUAUGAAAAAUGUUAUUCUUCCAAGGAUUAAAAAAAUCUGUGUAAAAGGAACUGGUCAUAGUACAAGUCUAAGGAUAUAUAAAUUGGUUUUGACUCACAGUAAAUUGGGAAUUAAUAAAGAAAUCCUAGCUACAAAAGUACUACCAUAUUUAUUACCACUCUGCAUAGAGCAAAGCUUGAGUCCAUCGCAAUUUGAAAUAUUGGCAUCUUUAGUGAACGACAUGGUGAAUCGUGUAACAACAGAACACCGUGAAGCAUUGCGUCAAUUAGAUGGAGUUCGCCGUGAAGCACAACAACUUGAUGAAGCCUUGAAACAAACGACAAGUCCAUCGACUGUUGAUGUAUUAAAUGAUGUUUUCCCAUCAAAUAAAAUAUUAUCUCCGCAGUUACCUGCAACAACUCCUUUGAAAGACAGCAAAGGAUUGACGUUAGAAGAAAAACACAGAUUCGCACAGCAACAAGAAGCAAAUCAUCGACUACAUAUACAAAGCCCACUGACUCCGCAACCACCCACACAACCCAAAAAAAUAGAACCUAAAGAUUUAACCAGCACGCUUCUAGAAAACAAUCUCAGUCAAUUGAAUCUGUCAGCAAGCAAACCUGCCCAACCUAAUUAUACUAACUUUACAUCACCGUCUUGGGAUACUAAUGUUAAUCAAAACCAAUGGAAGAAUACAACUUCAUCGAUGCCAAUGUCAUUGUCCUCAAAACCUUCAAAUACACAAAUGAAUUGGAAUUUAAAUGGAGUGAAUAGUUCAAUUAAUUGGGGCACACAAUCUACAAUGCCUGUUAAUCAAAUGUCUAAUUGGAAUAACUCUAAGCCUCAGAUAAGUAAAAAUAAUUCUGAUUCUAUUGGAAUAGGUUCAAUGAAUUCUAUGAUGAUGCCAAUGACCUCAGAGACAUUUAAUAAUGUGCAACAAAAAAAACCUGUUAAUUUGACUACUCAAGAUAUUAUUGAUUUUCUCAGUGAA